CUUACUGCAUCCCAGACCUUUCUGAUAUUGUUACCUCUGGGUCUGUGUCGAGAGUUUGACUGGAAAAAAGACCACAGAGGAUCUUUCUACUAUGGGACUUUCCCUCCAGGUUUCUCUUGGGGAGUGGGAAGCUCUGCCUACCAGACAGAAGGGGCUUGGGAUCAAGAUGGGAAAGGACUCAGUAUCUGGGAUGUUUUCACCCGAAUGAAAGGAAAAGUGCACUUGAAUCAAACAGGAGAUUCAUCCUGUGAAAGCUAUUAUAGGUUCAAGGAGGAUAUUGCCCUUCUGAAGGAGCUAAAAGUUAAUCAUUAUCGUUUCUCUAUUUCCUGGCCUCGAAUUCUGCCAACUGGGAUUAAAGCUGAGCGAAUCAAUGACAAAGGAAUUAUGCAUUAUGACGAGCUAAUAAAUACCCUCCUGGAGAGCAACAUCCAGCCUGUGGUGACUCUGUACCAUGGCGAUCUUCCCCAGGUGCUGCAAGAUAGAUUUGGAGGCUGGCAGAAUGGCAGUCUGAUUGACUUCUUCAAUGAUUACGCCAACUUGUGUUUUGAGAAGUUUGGAGAUCGGGUGAAACACUGGAUUACUUUCAAUAACCCUUGGUCCAUAGCCGUGGAAGGAUACGAAGUGGGAGAGCAUGCACCGGGAGUGAAGCUGAAAGGACUAGGAGCUUACAGAGCAGGACAUAACAUCAUUAAAGCUCAUGCAAAGGCUUGGCACACCUAUGACAAACUUUGGCGCAAUCACCAAAAAGGAUUGGUGGGUAUUUCUAUCACAAGCGAAUGGGGAGAGCCAGUCGACAUUACAAGUCAAAAGGAUAUCGAGGCUGCUGAGCGAUACAUGCAGUUUAAUCUAGGCUGGUUUGCCAACCCUAUUUUCAAUGGGGACUACCCUCAAGUUAUGAAAGACUGCAUUGGGAGAAAGAGCUCACAGGAAAGCCUGGACAGCUCCAGGCUGCCAGCCUUUACUCCACAGGAGAAACACUUUAUCAAAGGCACCUCAGACUUCUUUGGACUGGGUCACUUCACAAGCCGGUACAUCACUCACAACAGUUACCAAUACAGUAAAGGGCCAAGUUAUUAUACAGACCAGGACUUGGCAGAACUUGUUGACCCACAGUGGCCUGAUCCAGGUUCUGAGUGGCUGUACUCUGUACCUUGGGGUUUCAGGAGGAUUCUGAAUUAUAUCAAGAGUCGCUAUGGAAACCCAAGGAUAUAUGUGACAGAAAAUGGAGUAUCUGAAAAAAACCAGUGCACUGAGCUGUGUGACAAGUGGCGAAUGCAGUACAUGAGUAAUUACGUUAAUGAGAUUCUUAAAGCUAUUAAGGAUGGCGUUAAAGUCAAGGGAUACACAUCGUGGUCACUGCUGGAUAAGUUUGAAUGGGAUGAAGGAUAUUCAGAAAGGUUUGGGUUAUAUUACAUCGAUUUUAAAAGCAAGAAUAAGAGGAGGUACCCCAAAGCCUCGGUUCAGUACUACAGGAAGAUGAUCAGCUCAAAUGGGUUUCCGAACCAAAGAGAAAUCCUCUUGUCAAUCACAUGGAGAUGGUAACAGAGAUUGUCGUCCCAACUGUGUUCACUCUUUGCAUACUGCUGUGUGCUAUAUUACUGAUGUUCCUACUCCGGACGCAGUGAAAAAUUCAGUGUUGUUAGGACAUUACAUUGCCAGAUGUACAAGGGCAAAAACAGAUGUCUAACUCCUUUAACAAGUUUAAGUUACGACAAUCUUUAAUACUUCUCCACAGUCACUCCAAAGAUACCCUUGUUAUUAAAUGAUCCAUUUCCGGGUCAGUAAAACUGCAAAAUAAACAAACUCAAACCACAAACCCUAAUUAUGACUCCAUGGUUGAGAUAAAGGUGCUCACAGCACGAUAGAGAGAUUCCAUUUCUGAUUCUUCCUUCCCUGAUCACAUAAUACCCAAUCGAUGUCUUAUAUUAUCAAGGUUUCACCACAGAUUGAAGACAGCAAAUUAUUAGAAGUAAAUAAGCUGUCUUCCAAUAACACAAUAGGUUCCUGCAGAAGAGGCAUUUCAUCAGUACAACUCUUACAGUAACCUACUUAAAAAAAAAGCAGGUGCCUGUAGGAACAAUAAAACCCUUGGCCUGUGAGAUGAUAGAAAGCUAUGAACUGGAGAUCAGUCAGUUCAUCAGAACAUUCUUUUUAAAAUCCGUAACAAGUAGAAAAAUAGAAACUACAUGAUUAAACCAACAUAUAGACCAAACUGCAGCAGUUCCAAGUGCAACUGGAAAUUUUUAUUGGUGAAUCAUAAACAAUUGUUAUAAACUUGUUUGUUAGUUAUACUGUACACUUCUAGGUAUAAUUAUCAUCUUUAUAUUUAAAGGAAGUUUUGUUAAUUCACUUAGUGCUGCAUUACUAAUAGACAUUACAGUUAUUGACAGUCAGAUUUCAGGGACAUUUAUUCUGGCCUGGCUCAAAUACAAUGGACUUUGCAAGCUGGGAUCUUGGACUAUGGAUAUAUAUUUUGUAAAAUAAAUGACACACAAUCAUUAUUAGUUUUCAAUUGAUUCAUUUCCCAACUUCUCAACAAUAAUACAAUACAAACAAAGAAAGCACAGUCAGAAAUAGAAAAUCAUUCAAAAUACGUGACACUUCAAAUAUUUUCAAUUUAACUCACCGUGUUAUUUAUUUCUCUGAAAUGGAAUUUAGAUGCUAACUUUAGUAUAAAGUAUUUUUAAAAAAUAAAAAUUGCAGUUGAUUUAAAAAUUACUGAAUAAUUACUGAAUUGUGACAACUACUUGAUUCACACACUGGAUUGCUUACUGAAAUUAAUGCAAACGAAGUUGUAUGGAAUUGGAGUCUAUUGUUAAGGAUGGGUCUGUAGAGUACUUAGAGAUGCAUUGGGUUGAGCCAACACGGCUUUAUCAAGAUGAGGUCAUGCCUGGCAAAUUUGUUUGAAUUCUUUGAGAAAGUAACGAUCAAAUUAGACAAGGGAGAGCCAGUAGACAUGAUCUAUUUGGAAGGCCAUUGACAAGGUGCUGCACUGGAGACUGCUAAACAAAAUAAAAGGCCUGGUGUUAGGGACAAGGUAUUGGCAUGGUUAGACGAUUAGCUGACUGGCAGAUGGCAGAGAACAGGGACAAUGAGGUCUUUCUCAGGACGACAACUGGUGACUAAGUUCUGCGGGGGUCAGUGUUAGUCCCAAAACUAUUUACGUUAUACACUAACAAUCCAGACAAAUGAAUGAAGUGUAUUGUUAAGUUUGUAGAUGACACAAAGAUAGAUGGCGGGAUAAAUAGCAUGAGGGUUCAGGGACGCCGCAGAAGGAGUUGUACAGGAUAGGAGGGUAGGCAAAGAAAGGGCAGUUGGAAUACAAUGUGGUAAAGCGUAAGGUUAUGCACUUUGGUAGGGAGAAUAUAGGUGUAAACUACUUCUAAAUGGGGAAAGGCUUCAGAAAUAUAAUGCACAAUGGGACUUAGAGGAUUCUUAGUUUGGGAUUCUCUUACUGAUAUCAUGGAGGUUCAGUUGGCACUUAGGAAGGCAAAUGCAAUGUUAGCAUUUCCAUCCAAAGACACUAAAAUACAAGAGCAAGAGACUUCCUGUCGAGGUUGUGCAAGGCUCUGGUUAGCCUGCAUUUUGAAUACUAGGAGCAGUUUUGGGCCCCCUACCUAAGUAAGGAUGUGUUGAUGUUGGAGGAUGUCUGGAAGAGGUUUACAAGAAUGAUCUGGGGAUGAAGGGCCUGUCAUAUGAGGAGGGGUUGAGGACUCUAGUCUGUACUCCAAAGAGUUUAGAACGAUGAGGAGGGAUCACAUAGAAACUUACAGAAUACAGACAGGCCUGGAUAGAGUGGAUGUGGAGAAGAUGUUUCCAGAAGUACAAGAGACUAGUAUGCAAGGGCAGAGCCUCAGAAUGAAGGGAUGACUCUUUAGAACUGAAAUGUCGAAGAAUUCUUCAGCCAGAGGGUGAUGAAUCUGUGGAACUCAUUUCCACAGAAGGCUAUCGAGGCCAAGUCAUUGAGUGUGUUUAAUACAGAGAUAGAUAAGUUCUUCAUUAGUAAAGGUAUUAGGGGUUACGGGAAGAAGGCCGGAGAAUGGGAUUGAGAAGCACAUCAACCCUGAUAAAAUGGUGGAGCAGAUUCGAUAGGGUGAAUGGCCUAAUUCUGUUCCUAUAGCUUAUGAUCUUUGGACUGGUGCAGUACCAGAAGAAAUGAUCACCCAGAUUCUUACUUUUUGGCAGACAGGCACAUACAGAGAUAGGAGGAGAUUGCACCUUGCCAAUUAAUUUCGCUGUCAUGGAGGAAGACUGGGGGCAAGUUAAAUACAUGGAGUGAAGAGUGAAAACAAAAGUAACCAAAUCAGCACUUUGUUAAUGGUUUCUAGAUGGUACGGAAGAUCUUCAAAGUGACCAAUACCUGACUAGUGCUCUGUGAUUGUGUUAGGCUAGUUAAUGGCCCAAAACCAAAAAAAGCUGGAAUAUCACUGUACAUGUAUCCUAACUGAGAGAAUGGAGAAAGAUAAAUUUUACACACCUUUUCUCUUGAAAGUUUACAUGAAAUGUGCCUGACUGCAGCUUAUCACUGUGUUGUAAUAAAUUGCCUCCUCAUAAUCAUGAUUCAAAGCUGUAUCAUCAACUGGCAGAUCUUUUAAAAAAAAGCACAGAUAUUAGUGAUACUUCUAUUUAAACUAGAUUUCUUUAAACUAGUUUUUUUAAACUAGAUUUGAAACUCUGAUUUGCGAAUAACUCUACCUACUAGUUAGCACUCCACAAACUGCAAGGUUAAAAUGACCACAAAUGUUUCAAAUAAGAGUUUCAAACUCUACCUAUCUAAUGCAAUAGCCAGAAGUCGAUCAAAAACAUUCAAAAGAGCAUUUUGCUUUUGUCUGAAAGCCAGGCAUUAUUUAUAUUUUGCAAGGAGAAAUAGCACUGUUGGCUUAAUCCAAGCUGUGACAAGCAUGAAGGCUAGUGGUGAGAAAAUGAUUCAGUCAAGUAAAUGUCCACUUUUUUUUUUAAAGACAGCAGCAAAUAUUUCUAGGGGAAGAAAAUGAUAACAAAAUAUUCCACUCAGAUUAGCCUGGGACUUUCUGGAUAACUUCAUUUGCUUCAACGUUAUUCUAAAGACUAAGUGAGUGACUAGAAGUUGAAUCUGCAACUUUUGCAAGCUGUAUGGGUGAGAUUGUAAUUUGUCGAAAACCCAUUUGUUUACACAAGGUUAAAAAUCAGGCCAAUGGUACAAGGUGUACAAGAUGAUGCAGCCAGUCGGCUGCUUUUACUCACACUCAACCAUACUAUAGGAGAUUCACUGCUUUGGUCAUCUUGUUGCAACAUGGGAAUCGAGAAUUUUUGUUAAGUAAAGAUUUUAAGGAUUACCUAAGGUGGUGUGGAGUGUACGAAAUGUCAGCCUUCCUGCUCCUCUGAUGCUGCUUGGCCCGCUGUGUUCAUCCAGCUCUACAACUUGUUAUCUCAGGUUCUCUAGCAUCUGUAGUUCCUACUAUCUUGGAAACAGUUUGGUGUGAUACUAAGUAAGUUGGGGCAAAUGGCCUACUACCCUUUCAAUAUUUAUUUGACAUGGAAUACUUAUCUUGUAAGAUUUCCACAGUUUUCACUGUGGCCCAGACUAGCCAUCAAAUGAAAGGUCAGCUGGCCUGAAUAGUAAUACAAAUUCUGUACUAAUACAAAUUCUGGCUAAAAGAAUACCAGGCCGAUAACGUCAGGACCAAGAAAAGUAAAUAUUCCUUAGGAAUGUGACUGUGUAAGUGGAAAAUACCUGCGGUAUUAAAUGUCACGUGAUCCACUGGUGGCCUAGUGUUGAGUUGCCAUACCGUCUUUAAUUCUCUCUGCCCGUGGCAACUAAUAAUCUCCAUUCUCCACAUGAUAGGGUGCUCACUGGAACAAAAAAAGCUAAUGUCAUCAGAAAAUCCCUUGCAAAUAUUAAAACAGUUGCCAGAAAUUUUACCACAUCCCAUAUUUUAAUAAUUUAAGGUUUAAUAUUUUAAAAUCUUUAGGAAACAGUUAGAGGGAUAUGGGCCAAAUGCAGGCAAGCUUGACAUGAAUGAGUUGAGUCAAAAGGCUUGAUUCCCUGCUGCAUAUGAUAUGAUUAUGACUCUAUAAUCCAAGGACAUGCAAUCUUUUGGAGAAGGAUCAGAUAUUCAUGCCACAACUAGUGGGUGGAUCAUGCAUGAUUAUUACACUGGAUCAGGCAAAAUCAGAACUAGAAUCUUAAAGCAUUCAAACGUUCCAGAAUUUGAAUGUACUGACUGCACUGUGUGCAUAGUUGUUCAUGGACACUCAAAAUACUAGAACACAAGACAAAACAAAAAUCAAAUAUGAACAAAAAGCAGGAGUCAGCCAUUCAGAUCCUAUUUCACCAUUUAAUAAGUUGCUGACUUAUCCAAUUGUAACCGUAAACCAUUAUUACCACCUACCCUGAUAACAUUUUACCCUUUGCUUACCAAGGAUUUAUUCACCUCUAUCUUAAAAAUAUUUAAACACUUUGCUUCCACUGCCUUUUCAAGAAGAAAGAGUUCCAAAAACUCAUUUCUCUCUGGAAAAAGAAUUGCACUAGUUUUAGAGAUUUCAUAACCAUUGCAAAAACUGAAACCAAACACUGAUUUACUUUAUAUCCCCUCCCAAAUUAAAACUUCAUUUAUAAAUACAGACUCCAACACAUUAACUUGUUGGCUGCACACUCAUCUUUCUAUCUUUAGCUGGCUCAUGCUCCCUAUAUUUGAACCACAAGUUCUGCCAAUGUUAUGCCUGUGUUCCAUUGAUCUUUCUCAUCAUCCAGUCUGGUCUGAUCUGUCACUGACCAAUGCCAUUCACCACCAUCUUUAUGCUCUUUUCUGUUUGGCACUUUCCUCCUGUACUUGAUAAUGUUAUCUUUUUUCCCCUCAACAUUCUCCUUGCCCCCUUGACCAUAACUUCAAGAUUUUUUGUUUCCUUUAUUCUGGCUUAAUGAGCACUCAGUGUGUUUUUUAAAUACAGUGAAAUGUUACAAACCUGUGGUGAGUAUUCAACUUGUUCGGUAAUUUUUUUCCAAAUAGAUAAUGUGCAACUGUGAAUACAUUUACAACAUUUUAGCUAUGAACCUUACUUCUCAUAGAAAGCAUUGAUGGUUGUGGGUCUGAUUGGCAACUGAAAAACAUGCUGUUCAUCAAGUGGAUUGUCUUUGUAGAAUCGCAAGCAUGACCUGUCACCAAAA